UCUUUCUUUCUCCCCUUCCACUUUUAGUCACCCACUCACCCCAGCAGCAGCAGCAGCGGUAAUAAUUGAGGAUGGGAAAUCUGGUGCUGAAGUGCGUUAGAGGGGAUUGUACGGAUUUCCUCGAUCCUCCCGAGGAGCCGCCGAGUGGGCCGUUGGGCCCCCACGGGCUCACCCCUGCCACCGUCGCCGUCUCCGCCCUCGCCCACGACCUCCUCAACUUCGACGCUACCUCUCAGGUUCCAGAGGGAUUAAGUCGACACGUGACCUCGUCAAAGAAGGAACAAGCUAAUUGGUAUAAGAAGCUACUGGAGGCAUGGAAACAAUCCAAGCCACCACCCAAAGCACCAGAAGAAGCAACCAACCUUGUUGUAUUGACCCUGAAGAGGCUUCACAGGACAGAGGUUGAGGGUCUCUUAGCAUUCUAUGGCCUUCCGCCUGCUUCGCGACCCGUCGCAGAAAGCUCAGAUGUUCCAUCAUCUUGGCCUGAAGGGGUGAAGUUUGAGUUACACACUCUGCCAGUCAAUAAAAAGUGUGUUGUCGACGGAGAUGGCUUGACCGUGUACGUGGACACCGCAGUACCCAGAGAGUCGGCGAAUGUCCCACGAGAAGUGCAUGAAGCGGCCAUCGAGAGGACCAGAGCUCGAGCUGCAAAGGACUAUGCAAAGGCCGACGCACUUCACAAGAGCAUUAUUGAGGCAGGAUAUAGGGUCCUUAAUGGUCCCAACAAUGAGGAGACGCUCGCGAGAAAGUACCGCAUAAGAUUGAGGGGAGUCGAUGCGCCAGAAGGGAAGAUGCCUUAUGGGAGGGAGUCCAAGGAUGAAUUGAGUAGGCUAGUUCAAGGAAAGAGACUGAAGAUCCAUGUAUAUGGAGAUGAUCAGUAUGGUCGAUGCAUCGGCGACGUAUACUGCGAUGACAUAUUUAUUCAGGAGCAAAUGCUAAAGAGAGGCUUCGCAUGGCACUAUGCGGUGUAUGACCGACGCCCGGAGUUCGCGAAGUGGGAAAAAGAAGCGAGUUCGGCUCGGAGAGGGCUGUGGGCUUCAUCGAACCCGGAGAAGCCGUGGGAAUGGAGAAAAGAUCACCGAAAUGCAGGAAGAGAACACAAUGUCCCCAUUCAGGUGUACUGAUUGAUCACUAAGCUCUUAUAAAAAGUGUAACUUGUGAUUUAUGGGAACUUCCUUGUGAUAUAUAAUUGUAUAAUUAAUGAGUGGGAUCUGGAACUGCUUACUUAUCCAAUGCUGCAAACAUGGUUUGAAGUGCUUUUAAGCUUUGCUGUAAUAGUGAAUUUGCUGUUGUGUAGCUUUUAAUACUCUGAAAUUUUUAGCAAAUUAUGUUGCUUUGGCAUUUUCA